AUGUGGUCCCUCUCAUCUGCCACGGGGCAAGUCGCCUUUCUUGUACUUGUCAAAAAUCUUCAACUCUGUUAUAUAUAUAUAUAUCUGUCAUAUCAGGCAUACUUGAGAGACUUGAAAAUGGCACCUAAGAACGGUAACGGUCGUGGCAAGACGAAAGGAGAGAAGAAGAAGAAGGAAGAGAAGGUUCUUCCUGUUGUGAUGGAUAUAACCGUAAACCUUCCUGAUGAGACUCAUGUGAUUCUAAAGGGAAUAUCAACGGACAGGAUUAUAGAUGUACGUAGGUUAUUAGCUGUGAACACAGUAACUUGCAACAUCACAAAAUUUUCAUUAUCCCAUGAGGUGAGAGGUCCGGUUUUAAAAGAUACGGUGGACGUUGCGGCACUGAAGCCAUGCCUCCUUACUCUAGUAGAAGAGGAGUACGAUGAAGACGGCGCAGCGGCGCACGUUAGAAGGUUGCUGGACAUCGUCGCCUGUACAACGAGCUUCGGUUCAUCGGCGAGCAAGGAAUCAAAAUGCGACUCCGGCAAGAAUGCGCAGGAUAAGGAUAAGAAGAGCGCCAAGAAGUCAAUCAAAUCACACGGCAACAGCAAGAAUUCCUCUCCUCCGUCACCGCAUUCGCCAUCGCCAAAACCUUCUCCUACGACGUAUCCUGCAAAGAAAGAUGCGUCGGCGGUCGAUGGAGAUGGAGAUAUGAGCAAUUCGUGCCCUAAGCUGGGUACCUUCUACGAAUUCUUCUCUCUUUCACAUCUCAUUCCCCCUCUUCAAUUUAUAAGAAGGGCAACGAGACGAAGGGAUGAUGAGAUUUUGUUGGAUGAUCAUCUUUUCUCUGUUGAAGUGAAGCUUUGCAAUGGAAAGCUGGUCCUUGUAGAAGCCUGCCGAAAAGGAUUCUAUAGCAUCGGAAAGCAGCGGAUCCUUUGUCACAACCUCGUUGAUUUGCUUCGGCAACUAAGUAGAGCCUUUGAUGAUGCUUAUGAUGAUCUCAUGAAAGCAUUCUCAGAUCGUAACAAGUUCGGGAAUCUCCCCUAUGGCUUCAGAGCAAACACAUGGCUCAUCCCUCCGGUAGCUGCUCAGUUUCCAUCAAUUUUCCACCCUCCCCCUGUGGAGGAUGAAACAUGGGGAGGAAAUGGAGGUGGUCUGGGAAGAGAUGGCAAAAGUGAUUUGCUACCUUGGGCCAAUGAAUUUUUGUUUCUUGCAUCUAUGCCUUGCAAAACUGCAGAGGAGAGGCAGAUUCGAGAUAGAAAAGCCUUCCUUCUUCACAGCCUAUUUGUAGAUGUUGCCAUUUUUAGAGCCAUAUCAGCAGUGAGGCAUGUUAUGGGAAAUCCAGAAAUAAUAAAUUCAGCUGUAGAAAAGAUUAUUUAUACAGAGAGAUUAGGGGACUUGAGCAUAGCUGUCAUGAAAGAUGCAUCCAAUGCGAGCUGCAAAGUAGAAACUAAGAUUGAUGGAACUUACGCAACUGGGGUGGAUCAAAAGAACCUAGUCGAAAGAAACCUACUGAAAGGGAUCACUGCCGAUGAAAAUACGGCUGCCCAUGACAUGACCACUCUAGGUGUUGUGAACAUAAGGUAUUGUGGUUACAUUGCUAUUGUUAAAGUUGAGGGGAGAGAGAAUAACAAAGAGGGGCCUCUGUUGCAAAGCCUUGAACUUCUUGAUCAGUCCGAUGGUGGUGCCAAUGCCCUCAAUAUUAACAGUUUGAGAUUGCUUCUUCAUAAAAGAAUUGCUUCAGAACAAAAUAAAAUACCAUCGCAUGACCAAGCUUGGGAACAUGAAGAUCUCAGUUCUUCCCGAGACUUCGUGGAGGCACUGUUGGAAGAGAGUCUUACAAAACUUCAGGAAGAGGAAAUAUCAGGGGACACAUGUGUGAGGUGGGAACUUGGAGCUUGCUGGAUACAGCAUUUGCAAGAUCAGAACAAAACAGAUAAAGAUAAGAAACUGCCCAGUGAGAAAGCUAAGAAUGAGAUGAAGAUUGAGGGACUUGGGACACCUCUUAGAUCCCUUCAGAAAAAGAAGAAUUCGGAUGGAGGUAGUAUGGAGCUGCAGUCUGAGAAUCUGAAGUCCCUUGCUGAUGGUGAAGCAGAGAAAACUGUGUCACCUUCUGCAAAAUCUCAGCCUGAGACAAAGGCCAAUGAAAAUGAGCUACCACUGAGGAGAUUGCUAUCUGAUGGUGCUUUUACUCGGCUAAAAGAGUCAGAAACUGGACUUCAUUGCAAGUCGUUGCAAGAGCUAAUUGAUUUGUCUCAGAAAUAUUAUGGUGAAGUUGCUCUUCCGAAACUGGUUGCAGAUUUUGGUUCUUUGGAGCUCUCACCGGUUGAUGGGCGAACUUUAACUGAUUUCAUGCAUACUAGAGGUCUUCGGAUGCGUUCUCUAGGGCAAGUUGUCAAGCUUUCUGAAAAGUUAUCACAUGUGCAGUCUCUCUGCAUUCAUGAGAUGAUAGUACGAGCUUUUAAGCACAUUUUGCAGGCAGUGAUUGCUGCUGUUGUUAAUACUGAGGAAAUGGCUAUGGUCAUUGCUGCUGCAUUAAAUCUGAUGCUGGGGGUUCCUGAAAAAGAGCAAGUAAAUCAGUUUGGUAGUGUACAUCUCCUUGUAUGGAAAUGGCUGGAGGUAUUUUUAAAGAAGCGAUAUGAAUGGGAUCUUAGCAGCUCAAACUACAUAGAUGUGAGGAAGUUUGCAAUUCUUCGUGGGUUAUGCCAUAAGGUGGGUAUUGAACUGGUUCCCAGAGACUUUGACAUGAACUCUCCAAACCCUUUUCAGAAAGAAGACUUCGUCAGCCUAAUACCGGUGCAUAAGCAAGCAGCAUGCUCCUCUGCAGAUGGACGACAACUCUUGGAAUCAUCAAAAACGGCCCUAGACAAGGGAAAACUUGAAGAUGCAGUGAGCUAUGGAACAAAGGCUCUUGCAAAGCUGGUAGCAGUUUGUGGUCCCUAUCAUCGAAUGACAGCUGGAGCUUAUAGCCUUCUUGCUGUAGUUUUGUAUCACACAGGGGAUUUCAAUCAGGCCACUAUUUAUCAGCAAAAAGCAUUGGACAUAAAUGAGAGAGAAUUAGGACUUGAUCAUCCAGAUACCAUGAAGAGUUAUGGGGAUCUUGCUGUGUUCUAUUACAGACUUCAACAUACUGAGCUGGCUCUCAAAUAUGUAAAGCGUGCUUUGUAUCUGUUACAUCUUACGUGUGGCCAAUCACAUCCAAACACUGCAGCAACAUACAUCAAUGUGGCCAUGAUGGAGGAAGGCCUGGGAAAUGUGCAUGUUGCCCUCAGAUACCUCCAUAAAGCUCUGAAGUGUAACCAAAAGUUACUUGGCCCAGACCACAUUCAGACUGCUGCAAGUUACCAUGCUAUAGCAAUUGCACUCUCAUUGAUGGAAGCUUAUCCUUUGAGUGUUCAGCAUGAGCAAACAACGUUGCAAAUUCUCAGAGCAAAGCUCGGUGCAGAUGACCUACGUACGCAGGAUGCUGCUGCUUGGCUUGAGUACUUCGAGUCCAAGGCUUUUGAGCAGCAAGAAGCAGCAAGAAAUGGGACUCGGAAGCCUGAUGCGUCUAUAGCCAGCAAAGGCCACCUGAGUGUGUCUGAUUUGCUUGAUUACAUAAAUCCAAGUCCUGAUGCUAAAGGGAAAGAGACUUUGGGAGUAAACAGAAAAAAUUACAGUGUGAAGGUUAAGGGAAAAUCUUACCAAGACUUUACCUUGUCGAGCACCGAGGGAUUUCCAAAAGACAUCCUGAAAGAGGUUUCAGGUGAAAAGAAACAAAUUCCAGAACCCGGAGAUAAAGCAAAUGUGAAUUGCAAAAAAACUGUUCCAGUUAAUUCUGAUCAACCUGUGAAUAAAGAAACUUUGGAGGAAAAACCAGUUCAGCCCCGUCAGCCUGUGCUGGAGGAAACGGUAGUUCAAAAUCCACUCCUUGCUAAUGAUGUCUUACCUGAAACAUAUGCUGAAGGCGAAGAUGGAUGGCAACCAGUUCAAAGACCAAGAUCAGCUGGCUUGCAUGGGCGAGGAUUAAGGCAGCGCCGGACAACUAUUAGCAAGGUCCACAGUUACCCGAAAAAGGAUGUGGUUUCUGAAUUGGAUCGUUCUAGGGUGAAGAGUAACUAUCAAAAUACUAGGUAUUACAGGUUAAAGAAAAGGACAAUGUCUCCAGGAAACUAUGCAGAUUACCACAUAGCAAAGAAUCCCUCCUCGGUUACCAAAUUUGGGCGAAGAAUAGUCAAAGCUGUAACUUACAGAGUUAAAUCUGUAUCAUCUUCUGCCAAAGAUGCUGUGGCAGAGCCUUCUAGAAAUGGGGAUGAGUUACUAAUUUCUUCAUUGGAACCUAGGCCAGUUUCUGCACCAAAAGAAGCUGGACCAAUAUCAAGGCAAAGUCCAAUAGUUUGCCUUGGAAAAUCUCCUUCUUACAAGGAAGUAGCUCUGGCCCCACCAGGUAGUAUGUCUUCGUUGCAUGUUAGGGCAUCCCAAAAUGAUAUAUCUGAUAAGAAGGAACUUUGUGUAGGACAACAGGGAGAGGAAAAUGAUGGAACAAAAGAGAAUGCCGUGUCCAUGAAAUCAGAGGUGAAAAAUACAGAGGAAGAAAACAUCGAGAAUUUAGAUGUGGGUUCCACAGAUUGUUUGAAAGAUGAAAGUGAAGCUGUUAACGGUAAAGAAGAAGCUCAUUCAGAUAGUGUGACAGGGGAUACACAAUCUAUGAUUGUAUCUGCGAGUGUUCAAACAGUUAAAUCUAGCUGCGGGGAGGUUAAUCAAGAGAAACAGGAAAGCAUUGAAACUGAUAAUUUGCCUAGUGCAACUGAUUCUCUUCAAGUGGAUCUCUGUGAGAAGGAUUCAUCUUGCGGUUCUGAACCUGAUGAUAGUUCAAAUACUACAUUACAAGGAGUAAAAUAUUUGACAGAAAACCACCCAGUUUCGAAUUCAAGUGAUGCUCAAGAAUUCCCCAACAAGAAGUUGUCUGCGUCGGCAACUCCAUUCAACCCAUCUCCAGCUGCUACACGUGUAUCGCCUGUAACCAUGAAUAUUACUCUCCCUUCUGGUCCUGGUUGGCCUAUGAAUAUGACUCUUCACCCAAUGUGCUCCCCUACUCACCACCCGUACCCAUCGCCUCCACCAACCCCAAACAUGAUACACACCUUGCCAUUUGUGUACCCUCCAUAUACUCAACCCCAACAGAUACCAUCCAGUGCCUUUCCUGUAACUAGCGGCCCCUUUCGUCCCAAUCAUUUUUCUUGGCAAGGCAAUAGGAACUGUUAUGCAUCAGAUUACAUUCCUGGCACAAUUUGGCCUGGCUGCCACCCAGCGGAGUUCUCACUCUCACCACCUGCGGUUGAACCAAUUGCUGAUCCCAUUUUUAACCUAAAGGAGCAAUCUACUAAUUCCGAAAGCCUGAGUCUGGCUCCAAAUUUACCGGCGGACAGUAACAAUUUGGACGAAGCUAAGAAAGAAGUCAAUCUUCCAACAUCAGAAGCGAUGAAGACCUCGACCGAAAUGAUUCAGAUUCAAUCAGAAAAUGUGAACAAAAAUAGCGAGUCAAAUUUGCUUUGUGUUCUAUGUUCUGAAAGUCAACAAAAUUACAGUAAUGAUCAUCCUAAAGAUGCUGGAAGCAGUGGUGAUAAUUAUGUGCCAAGACACCCUUGGAAGACAGAUAGUGAGAAAACUUUCAACAUUUUGAUAAGGGGGAGAAGAAACCGAAAGCAGACUCUGAGAAUGCCUAUGAGUUUACUCAGAAAACCAUAUGGUUCACAAUAUUUCAAAGUUGUAUAUAGCAGAGUGAUCAAAGGGAGUGAAGCUUGCAAGUCUACCAGCUUUUCUUCUGAUGACACUUGUACAGCUAGUGCUACCUAAGGCAAAAAUUUUGGGGCUCUUACAAGUUCAGUUUAGCUGGAUGGUUGAGAAGUGGAAUGUAUGUUCCUUUGUUUCAUUAUAUUUUAAGGGGAAAGGACAUCUUGGAUUUUUCAGUUUCCAUGAUUAUGAAGUUCCUUGGAUUUCAAAUACAUCACGCCAUGAAAAUUUGAAGAUUGUCAUUUUCAACCCGCCGGGGAUUGUAUGGAAUCAAACUGCGUAGGAAUUUCCAAGGUUUGUGGCAGGAAAUUCACUUUUGGGAUUCGAGAGGUCUUUUUAGACGUUGAGUUUCACACUUCGGUUAGAAAUUUGUUUCUUUUUGGGUUCACGAAAAUAGAAGACUAUCAGUUUUUUGUUUUCAAUAGCAAUGACUUGGAUAUUUAUUUGAUUUGAAGUGUACAUGACAUCAAUUAUAUUUUUCUUCACUAGCUAUUGACGACUAAGGUAGACUUACAAGGUUUCCCAUGCAAAAAUGUAGGUGGAGCAGAUGACAUCAAUUUUUGUGAAAUUUCCAAUAUCUUUUUAUAUUUUCCUAGCAGACUUCCAUUUGAAGGGCUUAUUCAGUAGAUACAUAUAUCAACCUGUUUUCAAAACUAUCCGUUAAUGAUUCAGAUUUCUCCCUUUUCUUGAUUCAAAUGUCCUCUUGUGCU